GGAAGGAGGCGGGGUCACUAUUUGGCAGGUUCGUCCCUUCGCUAAGCAACGACCUGCAAACGGGCAUCCGAGCAAAGAGAGAAAAUACACAUCGCUGCAGAACUAUAAACGCACGCCUGCCAUGUUCUCCACACUCUCCCUGCAGUUCCACGUCUGAUCUCGUCGAGCUAUCGCCUACAAGGACAUCGGCUGCAGAAAACGAGCCGGAAACCGUGUUUGUUUUGACCUGUGAAGUUAAGGGGAAUCCUGCAAGAGGGAUUAGCGGUCCGUCAAUGAGGAACUACCGGCUCAUCUUCUGCCACAACCUGAAGCAGCCAUAGAUGGUUCACUGGUUCACUGGUCAGAGGAGGAGAGGCUAGGACAUACUUUCACUGCUACACGACGUGCGCUCUAGGCGGGGUUGUGGUGAGGAGGAGGAGGUGGCCAUGAGGAAAAGCGGCCCUCCGUUGCCAGGGAACGAAGGCGAGAGCUCGCCCAGCACCACGCGGGUAUUUGGCGUCCCUUUAGAGGAAGUGUCACGCACGCACACGGUGGGCGGCUAUGAGGUUCCAGAACUGGUGAAGCACAUUGUCGACUACAUCGAGGAGCACGGACAUCUGGACUUGGAAGGACUCUUCCUGGUAAAUGGCAACGCAGAGCGAGUGGAUUGGCUCCGCCAGCAGUACGACAGCGGCGAGGAAGUGGAGCUGGAGAAGGUAGCGGACCUGGCGUCUGCUGUCAGCUUGCUUCGACUCUUCCUGCAGGAGCUCCCGGAACCGGUGAUCCCGAGGGCCAUGCAGGGACACAUCCUUCAGCUACACCAAGACUUCAACAAUGAAGAGGACUUCUGCAGAAACUUGAAAUACCUGCUGCAGCAGCUUCCCCCGCUCAACUACGGUCUUCUGCGGUUCCUCUGCCGCUUCCUGUCCAGCGUAGCUUCGCUUCAGCAAGAGAGUUGGAACAUUGGGGCGCUGGCCGCCGUCUUUGGACCUGACAUCUUCCAUCUGUCAACUGAAGGAGAAGACCUUUGGGACCAGGAGUCUGUCAGCCGAGUUCUGGCUGAGCUGUUGGACAACCAGGAUGGCCUGUUUGACUCGGAGGACGAUGACGUUUCCACCACCAACGACUACAGCUCCAUCAAUGAACAGAUCACGGAGCUGCUGGAUGACGACAAGUGUGAAGCCGAGUGUGAAGAUCUGCCACAGGAUGAGGGGGACGAGUGCGCAACCUCCUCCGACUCACCACAACAGACACCAUCAGAAGAAACCCCUGCCUCUAGCUCCCACCUCUCCCCCAUAUCCAUGCUGCCGGCCGACCCUGCUGAGAUCAUCGAACGCACCAUCCGCGCAGCAGUGGAGAAUCACUUCUACGAGCUGAAGACCUCAAUCAACCACGAGCAGAGCAACAUCGAAAGCCGAGAUGUGUCAGAAGAGCAGGGUAACCAUGGGGACCUAGCAGACCGCCGGGGAGACCCAGCCCAGUUAUCACUGUCUGACCAGCUCACGCAGCAAAAAGACCCAGAAAGGUCGGCAGACUCCGGCGCUGCCCCAGAGGAGGGUUCUGGGAUGGACCUGGACUCCGACACUAACACUGCCGGGCACGACAGUCAAGCCUGCGACAUCAUGGAGCAAUCUGAAACCAUGAGCUACGAUUCAUGCGGGUGGGACCAAAACGCCAACACCAGCCAAGCCAACAGGAACCUGGAGUCUUCAUGUCCCUCCAACAGUAGCCACGCCCCCCGUCUCCAGCUAUUCCCCGACCACCAGUGGGAAGCCUCCUCUUCCUCUCAUCUCAACGUCCCCCCCAUAGACUUCUCAUCCAUGCACCUGCAGAAGGAAGGGACAGAUCCGGUCCCAGCGUUUAAAUCCUGGCAGGACGAGAGCGAGAGCGGUGAGGCUCAGCUCUCCCCGCUGGCUGGCCGCAUGGUGCCCCUCCCUCUGCUGCCCCUGGAGGAGGACGCAGAGGAGGACGCAGAGGAGGCAGGACAGGCAGUGUCACCUUCGUCGUCCCGCUCCCACCCUCACCUCCUCGCCAGGCGCUUCCUUGACUUCGGAGCGCACGCCGCCCAACGCUUCCUCCAGCAAGAUCCAGACGCCACGUCACCCACAAAAACUCAGAGGCCGCGGCGAGCAUCGUUCGGCUCCAAGGAAACCUUCCGAGGGGAUUCGAUGACCCACCAGCUCACCAAGAAGCUCCAGCACCUGAAGAAGAAGAUCAAGCAGUUUGAGGAGCAGUUUGAGAAGGAGAGGAACUACAAGCCCUCUCAUGGAGACAAGGCAGCUAACCCCAAAGUUCUCAAGUGGAUGACCGACCUCACCAAGAUCCGGAGGCAGAUUAAAGGACGCCAGCACCACCUUUUCCCCAGAAGCUCGCUGAGGCACCAGGCUUUGCUCCACUCACACAGACGCCACCACUCCCCCUCCCCCUCCGCCCCCUCCUCUGUCUGCCCGCCCUCUCAUUACGCAGUCACCCCCCCAGCCCACCCCCACUCAGGCCCGACCUCUAGACUCCUCAACGCCAAGCACCGCGCCGAGAGCGAGUUCGGCCCCCUGACUCGCCCUCGAAGCAACACGCUGCCCAAGAGCUUCGGCUCCACGCUGGACCACGGCGCAGCGGGCGAGGCCAGGGAGCCGCGGCCCACCAGGGAGGAGACUCUGGAGCUGAUCCAGCAGCGGGUGAAAGGGAAGAGGCAGGAGGACGGCUGGCCAGAAGACGUGAAGAAGAUGACCAAGGAGCAGCUGUCCUGCGAGAAGACGGUCCUCCAGAAGAACUUGCUGCACUACGAGGGCCUGCACGGCCGCCCGGUGACCCGCGAGGAGCGUCUGGUGGUGAAGCCUCUGUACGAGCGCUACCGACUGGUCAAGCAGAUGCUCACCAGAGUCAGCAUUGCGCCGGUGACGGUGUCGCCAUCCAGCAAGAGGCGGAGCCAAACCCUGCAGCCCAUCAUCGAGGGGGAGACGGCCCACUUCUGGGAGGAGAUCAAGGAGGAGGAGGAAGAGGAGAAGAAGGUGGAGCAGAGGGAGGAAGAGCGGGAGGAGGAGGAGGAUUACGAGGAUGAGGAGGAGGAGGGGGAGAGCAGCAGCGGCGGAGAGAUGCAGGGCUCUGAGGUCAUCAUGGCCGUCGAGCCCCUGACCCUGAAGAACCAGGCUGAUGGUCAGACCCGCUGCGGAGGCCCCGUGGAAGAGGGGUCUGGGAAGCUGGCCAUGGACCUGCGGCUGUCCAGCUCCAACGCUUCGUCCAUGCCGGAGCUGCUGGAGCAGCUGUGGAAGGCUCGGGCCGAGAAGAAGAAGCUGAGGAAGACCAUCCGCGACUUCGAGGAGGACUUCUACCAACACAACGGCAGGAACGUGCAGAAGGAGGACCGGGUCUCCAUGAUGGAGGAGUACCGGGAGUACAAGAGGAUCAAGGCCAAGCUGCGGCUGCUGGAGGUUCUGAUCAGCAAGCAGGACUCGUCCAAGUCCAUCUAGACGGGCGGCGCCACCAAAGCACCACCUUCAGUUUCCCACGCUUUUAGCUAUUUAUCGCCACCGACUCCAGUUUUAAGGAACUCAUGUCACCAUUUUAAUGUUUGUAAAUAGAGGACGACGUCAUCGUCCAGCCGUCGCCGCUGCUCACCUUCGUCGUCGUCUUCAUCACUCGGCUGAUGUUCUCCUCCCGGCUGCUCCACUCACUGUGACUUUUUCUCUUCUUUUUUAACCUCAAUUCCACCUGCGGAGCCGGAGCCGUCGGUGACCCGCGGAGCCGCGGACGCCGGCGCCGCUUCCACUCCCAGCUUGUUCGGAGGUGUCGGAAGGCAAACUGAGGCCGAGCGUCACGAACGAGGAAUGGAGAAUCCGGCACCACCCAGCUUUUACCUUUAAACUUCCCAAAUAUUCUCACGCGGUCAGCGAACGCACCGGCGGAGGGUCACUCUGUGACACGACUCCAACGGACUGCAACGCUUUUAAACACUAGAGUUCAGAAAUUACAGGUUGAUGGGGGAACACGGAUCUCAAACACACAAAAAAGUAGGUUGUUACAAAAUAAACAAAAAACGAAGUCCAGCCCGGACUGGACCACGGAUUGACCGGGACCUGGAAGCGGCACUAGAAAGUGGUGCUGGAUUCUCAACAAACGUGGACUCGCGAGCCGCGUCUCCACGAUUGUCUCGGCUGAAUGGAUCUGCUCGUAGCUUUAUGGAAACACGGUGCCAACACUGCCAGCACUGACCUGAACGCAGCGGAGCGUCUUUUUCUUUCCUCCGGCGGGCAUGUUCAGAGGUUUUACCGACCCGGCGAGGUUUCAUUUCCUGCUGGCGGGUCAAAUGAGGACGGCGUUUUAACCCCUGCCGCGGGGUCACUCACCCUGCGGCGCCGCGGCCGGGGACUUUUUAGGGAGGCGGGUUGUUAGUCUGCUGGUGAUGAUUGUAAACGUCUGGAGCUUUGAUAGAAAACAAGAUGUUAUUUGCACAGCAUUCGCUCGGAUGUGUUUUUGUUUUGUAUUUCUAAUAUGAGGCACUACUUCUAUACAAAUAUAUCCUGUACAUACAUUUAAAAAAAACACCUGAAGGAAUGAAUGUUAAGUUAUUGUUUGGCUCUUUGGUUGACCCUGGAAAUGUUUCUUUUUUUUUAAGUCCUGCUAAAGCGAUCAUAACUUGGUUUCUCGUGACGACAAUUCUGUGUGUCUGCGUCAUUCUGUCGCUGUGUUGGAUCAGCUGAUGUGUAUAUGUGUGCGCUUGCAUGGCCAAACACCAUCCUAUAAACAACACCGUGUGUCACUUGGUUUCCCGUCUUUCGUGCCAUGAUGACUCAGCAAUAAUAAAGAAGUGGAAGAA